AUCUGACUUGCCGCCUGCUUUCCUUUCGCAUCCGCCCCAGAUUUGUCCCCCCCGUCCAUACGGCAUCUUCAGCCUCCAAGCCAAGGACCUCAAGACAACGUCAGAUAAGGAAAGCAUGCGACUUCGGCUGCCGGCCUGGAAGCACCUGUUGCAUUGUCGCCGCAACCAAGUGGUGAUGCACGUUCUAAAACGCAAAUGACGUUGGUAAAGGUACUCAAUAACCUUUCAAUCCAAAUCAUCCGACGGAGGUUUGGGAAUAGUCCAUUGUUGGUGAGCGGCCCCGCCAUCUCGUGUGAGAUGUCUCACAGCGAGGAGUGGUCGCUCACUCUCUACAGCCGUCUGACCGGUAAGCUUCCAUCAUCCGCCAACUCAAGGGAUGCCUAUCACGUCAUUUACUUCCUGGCUCUGGCGGGCACCUUGAUUCCUCAUUGUGAGGAGCCUCGAUGCUCGGGGUGUGGCUCAUUUUCCAAGGCCGUUAUCAGAAGUUCAGGCUAUGUCUCUUUCCGUAACCAGCGAUCGCUCGUCACGCCUUUACACCCAACCCAAGGAAGCCAGCUUUGCGAUAGGCAAAGCGGUCAAAGCCACUACUCUUGGGCGAGUCUCUUGUACAAGAGACUUGGAACACGGACAUUGUUCUGCUUGGAAAGCAUGCCGCCGAACCGUUGUGCUAAGGUCUUCAUCGAGCACGCCACUGGCAACGGACGAUCGACAAUUCCGUGCGCCAUCAACGCAUACGAAGCCGUGGGCAUGUCCAACUGCCGCUCCGAGCUGCCUGCUGACCAGAGUGGGCCCAUGCUCUGGGCCGCACGCGGCGGUUCUGCGAGCGACCCAUCUCGGCUCUCUCUAAACAUGAGACAUAACAAAAGUGAUUCAACAUUGCAUUGCAUUGCGCCAACAUCCUCCGGUUGAUGGACGAGUUCGAUAACAACAGCACCAUCACCUUUCGUAGUAUUCGGGACCGUUAUGCUCCAUUAUGGAGCUGUUGUUGAUCUGGGAUUAUUCAGUGCGGGCUUUUGAACGUGGCAUGGAACUCAUUGUACCAGGCGCUCCUGAAAUACAUUGCAUUACAAUACAUUGCCGAAAUACAUCGCAUAG